AUGGAAAUGAUUUUUUAUGGGAAACAAUUGAAAAAAAAUCGAAAUCUUUAUUAUCAAAAACAAACAGCAAAUAAAAUAUCUAUACAAACAGAUGAAACAAUAUCAAUUGAAUCUCUUUCAAAUAAAUCUAUUCAACAAAUAAUAAUUCAAUAUCACUUCUCAAUACUUCAACCACUUGCUUCAUUUGGUAAUUCUCAUUCUCAAUCAAAUACAAAUCUUUCAAGAUUAAUAUCAUUAUCAUUAUUAGAUAAUAAUAAAAAUGAAAUUUCUAUUCGAACAAAUUUUAAUCAUCCUAUUGAAUUAAUUAUAGUUCGAGAUGUAAAUUUUAUUCUACCAUCAAUGACUUUACAAAAUGUAAUUUCUUUUAAUUUAACUUCUCAUAAUCAAUUAUUUAAUCUUCAUUUUAUUAAUAUAACAUCUAAUUUUUCAAUAUCAAUUCAUAUUGAAAUUUAUCCAUUGAAUACUAAUAUUAGUUAUUUAUGUAUUUAUAAAUUUGAUAGUACACCUCUAUUAAAUAGUUCAAUUAAUCAAAUUGAUAGUUGGACUUUAUUUUGUCCUAUAAGUAAAUUUGUAUCAUUGAUAAUCAAAAAACAAUCAAUCAUUUUUGGUUUACAAGAAUUAAAUUCAACUGAAUUUAUAAAUUAUUGUUCGAAUUCUUCAAUUAAUAGUCCACCUAUUACAAAUGAAAGAUUUAAUUUUACAGCAAAUUAUCAACUUCGAAUUUAUACAUCAGCUUAUUAUUAUCUUGAUUUAAACAAUAAUUGGCAAUCAGAUGGAUUAUUGAAAGGUCUUGAAAAAUUAGGAGUAACACCAUUAUCUGAUAAUCAUCAAUUUGAUCAAUAUUUUUAUCAAAUUAUUGUUUUUACUGGUCAUCGAAAAAAUGCUGGAACAAAAUCAACAGUUUAUUUUAUUCUUUCGGGUAAUGAUGAUGAAACACAAAUUCGAACAUUAGCUGAUCCACAUCGAACAAUUUUACAACGUGGUGGAAUCGAUGCAUUUAUUAUGGCAGUACCAAAAUCAUUAGGAUCUUUAAAUUAUAUUCAUAUUUGGCAUGAUAAUACAGGUUCAAGUACAUCUGCAUCAUGGUUUUGA